AUGGCAACCCGAUGGGGACUCUGUGGCGCUGGGAAGAUCAGCCAUGACUUCAGCGUGGCAAUGAAGACUCUGCCUCCUGGAGAUCACCAGAUAGCAGUCAUUGCAUCGAGGAGCUUGGAGCGCGCCAAAGAGUUUGCCAAGAAGCAUGGUGUUCCUAAGGCUUAUGGCAGCUAUGAGGAGCUGGCCAACGACACAGACAUUGACAUUGUGUACCUGGGAGUGUUGCACACGGAGCACUGGAGAGUUGGUCUGCUGUUCCUCAACGCCGGAAAGAAUGUGUUGUGUGAGAAACCUUUCGCUAUGAACUCCAGACAGGUGAAAGACCUUGUCGCUGCCGCCAAGAAAAACAAUGUCUUCCUGAUGGAGGCCAUCUGGUCCCGCUGUUUCCCGGUGCACGCUGAGGUGCGCAGGCUGCUGGCGGAGGAGGCAGUAGGGGAGGUGAAGCUGGUAAAGGCUUACUUCGGCUCCCCCCAGCUCCACAUCCCCCGCUCGGUGGAGAAGGAGCUGGGUGGAGGAGCACUGCUAGAUAUUGGAGUGUACUGCCUGCAGUUUAUCCUGAUGGUGUUCAACGGGGAGAGGCCAGAGUCCAUCCAAGCCACAGGGGUGCUGCUUGACUCAGGAGUGGAUGAAUCAGUGGUCGUGGUGAUGAAGUUCUCCAGGAAGAGGAUGGCCUUCUGUUCCUUUUCGAUUGCUGCUCGACUUCCAAACGAUGCCGUCAUCAGCGGCACUAAGGGCUCCAUCAAAGUUCUCGGGCCCAUGCACUGCCCUACCACACUAGUGGUAAAUGACAAGGAGACAGAGUACCCUCUGCCUGAGCCGUGCCUCCCUCUGAAUUUCACCAACAGCACUGGGCUUCGCUAUGAGGCAGAGGAAGUGAGGCAGUGCCUGCUUAAGGGGCUUAAGGAGAGCCCACGGAUGCCUCUGGCAGAUUCUGUCCUACUGACGGAGAUCAUGGAUGGAAUCAGGAAACAGGUGGGAGUUGUCUUCAGCCAGGACAGCCAGUGACAUCACUGCAAAGCCGAGCCGUUUCACCUGACCUAAACCUACUCGGAGGGAACAGAGGGAGCUGCUCGGGGCAGGCUUUGGAUCUUUGGUAU